CCCUACCAAUACAGGAUAAAAUUCUCGGAAACAACUUUUUGCACAAUCAUGUGAUAUCCACUAUCAUUAUUUGCCAGUGUGAAAAUAAAAGCUUAUUUUUGCAAGUCAUAAACUCAUCGGCACGAAAGCCGAAAAUGACUGGCAAAAUUCCACAGUCAAUUUUGAUUGGCCAAUCGUGGAGGUGUGUCAGAUGUCACGUCAUUAAACUACUCCAAUCUGGAACCUCUCCCAAUCGGGUUUUCCAUUCAAUGUAAGUGAUACAUCAUUGCGACUUGCAAUGCAUAAUAUCACCUAAAUGGGAUAUAUUUAUUCGGCGUGGCCAAUUUAAAUAUCCCGAAGCAGUACAGUUUACGUGACGGCCUCGGAAUCGCAGCAAGCCAGCAGAGAUAUGCCGGUAUCUGCUCCAUACAGUAUCCGGAAAUAGCCACAGUACAGAGGUGUAAGUCUACAUUCCUUGUGCACAGGAAAAGGUGGAGAUGGAACAGAUUCGCCAGCUAACAUUGAAUGACAAGGAACACAAGGACACGACCCUGUACAGACUUCAGAAAGGAUGGAGAUUACACUUUGUCCUCGGCCCAUCUCUCCUUUCCAAACAGGUUCAUGUCUUUACUAACCACCCACCUGGUCCAGCCCCCGUCCAACGCCCCUUCAACCGCAGGGAGUUCUAUGAAUUAGAGUGGAAGUCAGAGUCCAAGUCGCGCCUUGACAAGUCCGACCAGUACUGCGAAGUACGCCUUCACAUUGCCGGAGCGUUCCAAUAUUAUUUCACGCACGGAAGUAGCAAUACACCUCAAGGGUCAGGCUAUUUCAUUGUUGACCCUACCCUUAAACUGACCAGUGAUGUGGACAUCCUAGAGCUGGACUGCAUUACUCUGCAGACGGUGCUGACCAAGUGUCUAGGUCCACUAUCGGAAUGGGAGCAGCGUCUGGCCACAGCCAGGGAGACAGGUUACAACGUCCUUCACUUCACUCCCAUCCAGGAGCUGGGCGCUUCAAAUUCCUCUUACUCCAUUCGCAAUCAGCUGAAACUCAAUCCCAACUUCACUGGAAAGGACCAGCAGGCCGUCACCAACGAUGACAUCUCAGCCUUGGUGGUCAAGCUUCAGUAUGACUGGGGCAUGCUCAGUCUGUGUGACGUGGUCUGGAACCACACCUCCUUUGACAGUCCCUGGCUGAAGGAGCACCCAGAGUGUGCCUACAAUGUCCAGAACUCCCCCCAUCUCCGGCCAGCAUAUGUCCUGGACCGUGCACUGUGGCACUUCACCCUGGAGGUAAUAGACGGAAAUUGGGCGGAGCAUGGCGUACCGCCAAUCAUCAAAACGGAAGAGCAGAUUCAGAACAUACGCAGUGUGCUAGCCGACAAAGUGCUACCCAAAUACAAGUUGGAGGAAUUCUACCAACUAGACGUGGAGGCUACUGUCGAGAAGUUUAAGAUGGCAGCUAAAGCUGCAAAGACAGUUUCCUCUGCUGAAGAUUCCAAGGAAGAUGAUGUCAAAUUGAUCAAAGAUCCGAUGUUUCGAAGACUGAGGGGUUCAGUCAACAUGGAGAAAGCCCUACAGUGCUUCAAUAUACAGAGGAGUGAUGCCAAAGGUGAAGAGGAGAGACUCGAGAAAUCUUGCGAUGCUUUCAGGAAGCAUCUUCUGUACUGGAACAACAGGGCAGCCGAGGACAUGUCAGAGGAUAUCCGCCAUGCACUGCACAAUGUCAUCGCCAACAUACGCUACCAUCAUGUCGAGGAGCACGGCCCACGGUGUGAAGAGGUCACUAUCAAAGAUCCAUUGGUACCCAAGUAUUUCAUUCACUAUGGUCCAGACACAGACCCUACCACUGAAGAAGCCCUCAUGGACAGUGACAAGGCUCCCUUCCUUCAGAUUGGCAAUGGCUGGGUUAUGAACGCUGACCCCUUGAAGAACUUUGCCGAGGCAGACUCCAAGGUGUACCUGCGACGGGAGCUGAUAGUCUGGGGAGACUCGGUCAAGCUGCGGUACGGGGAGACACCAGAUGAUUGCCCUUUCCUGUGGAACCACAUGCUGGAGUACUCACGGACCAUGGCACGGAUGUUUCAUGGACUGCGCAUUGAUAACUGCCACAACACUCCGGUGCACGUAGCUGAGUACUUUCUUGAUGAGGCUCGGAGGGUACGACCAGACCUUUAUGUGGUUGCAGAAUUAUUUACACAAUCAGAGCAUGUUGACAAUGUGUUCAUCAACAGACUCGGCAUCAACUCUCUUAUCAGAGAGGCAAUGAGUGCUGGUGAUGCUCAUGAGUUGGGGCGUCUUGUUUACCGCUAUGGUGGGGAGCCAGUCGGCUCCUUCCUGCAACCCCACGUGAGGCCGCUGAGCCCCAGCAUGAGCCAUGCUCUUCUGAUGGACAUAACCCACGACAACAUGAGCCCAGUCCUGACCCGUUCUGUUUAUGAUCUGCUACCUUCAGCUGCGUUGGUUUGCAUGGCAUGUUGUGCUGUUGGAUCGAGUAGAGGAUAUGAUGAACUGGUCCCGGAACAUAUUCAUGUGGUCAAGGAGAACCGUCUCUACACCUCCUGGAGGGAGGAUGCUGAUGUCUGCCACCUUGAGGAGGUUGGUCACAACCACGGCAUCAUCACUGCCAAGAGAGUCCUGAAUGAGCUACACCAGACAUUGGGAGCAAAGGGUUACACCCAGGUGUAUGUGGAUCAAGUGGAUGAGAAUAUUGUAGCAGUGACGCGCCACAACCCUGUCUCACAUCAGUCCGUUAUCCUCAUGGCACGUACUGCAUUCAAACAUCCUUCUAAUCCAAAUUACACUGGUUAUAUCCCACCACUCUGUGUACCAGGAGUUGUUGAAGAGAUCGUCCUGGAAGCAUGCAUGGUUAAGAGGGCGGAUGACCCGCCCCCAAAGAGUGACACCCACAUCAACGGGCUCGGUCACUUCACUGUAAAGCUUCAGUGCAACAUUCACCUGUACAGUAGUGGAAUGGUGGAGCUGUCUGACCACGGAGCAGAGAAACAGUCAUCUGUCCAGGAGAUCGACUUCAUCAACUUCCCCCCUGGCAGUGUCAUUGCGUUCAGAGUCACGCUGAACCCAGCCUCACGCAAGGCCCUGUCUGAUCUGCGGGCGUGUAUCUCCCAGUUUGGUUACCGGGUACGAACCCUGAGUGGCAACUCGCCCAACCAACUGUCUGAGACUUCUAACUUCCUCGCCAUUGCUAGCAAGCUGUCCCUGGCUGACAUGAAUCGAGUUCUGUACCGUUGUGACAUGGAGGAACGCGAUGAUGGAAAAGGCUCAGAUGCUUAUCACAUCCCACACUACGGCAGCCUAGUGUACUGUGGGUUACAAGGUUUCAUGUCUGUUCUCAGCAAGAUUCGAAGCAAGAAUGACCUAGGUCACCCUCUGUGCGAGAACCUACGACAAGGAGACUGGAUGCCUCAAUACAUAGGCAACAGACUACAGCUGCAUGCCAGCACUAGACAACUUGGCAAGUGGUUCCAGGCGGCCUUCUCCAGUUGCAGCUUGAUUCCACGCUACCUCAUCCCUUGUUACUUUGAUGCCAUCAUGGUGGGGGCCUACGUGACUUUGCUUGACCUCUGCUGGAAAACAAUGUCUAAGUUUGUGUCUGAGGGCUCUUCCUUCACUCGAGCUCUCGCCCUGGGUUCAGUGCAGAUGUGCGGCCUAGUCAAGACCUCCCCUCUCCCCCAGCUGUCCCCUAAGCUGUCGGGCAUUCCCAUGGCAAUGGAUGAGGAGACCAAUCGCAGGCAACAGUCUGCUGUCACCAUGGCAGCCGGACUGCCCCACUUUUCGGGAGGGUUCAUGAGAAGCUGGGGGAGGGACACAUUCAUCGCUGUGCCAGGGUUACUGAUAGUAACCGGCAGAACAGAGGAGGCUAAAUUCUUGAUUCUUGCCUACGCUGCAACGCUACGCCACGGUGUCAUCCCUAACCUUCUAGGCGGUGGCUCCCAUGCUCGUUACAACUGCCGCGAUGCCAUCUGGUGGUGGUUGUAUUGUAUCCAGCUCUAUUGCCAAGCGGUGGAAGAGGGCCAUAGCAUACUGGACUGCCCUGUCUCCAGAAUCUUCCCUGGGGAUGAGGACGAGCCCCAGCCCGUUGGCUUUGUGGACCAGCCUCUGUCUGACGUCAUCCAGGAGGCAAUGCAACGCCACAUUGAGGGCAUCUCCUAUCGAGAGAGGCAUGCUGGGAAGGGUCUGGACCAGAACAUGUCAGACGAAGGUUUUAAUGUCACUGUUGGAGUGGACCUGGAGACAGGGUUCCCGUUUGGAGGAAGUAAAUGGAAUUGUGGGACAUGGAUGGACAAAGUGGGCGAGUCGGAUUUGGGGGGGAACCGUGGCACACCAGCAACUCCAAGAGACGGUUCUGCCGUUGAGAUUGUGGGGUUGUGCAAGGCAGCAGUGAGGUGGUUGGUCAAGAUGCAUGAGGCUGGUCACUAUCCUCACAGCGGAGUCACUGUCAGACUGGAUGGCAAACCAACCCAGAUGAGCUACAAAGAGUGGGGCGCCAAACUCCAGGCCAACUUUGAGAAGGAGUUCUGGAUCCCUCCCGACGCCAGCAAAGAAGGCGACAAGCUCAUCAACCGACGAGGGAUCUACAAAGACUCAGUGGGUGCCUCGCAGUUCUGGGCCGACUACCAGCUACGGCCAAACUACCCUAUCGCCAUGGUGGUGGCCCCAGAGCUGUUCACUCCGUCAAGAGCAUGGACUGCUCUGAACAUAGCUGAGGAACUCUUGCUGGGUCCUCUAGGGAUGAAAACACUGGAUCCAUCGGACUGGGCGUAUGUUGGUGAUUAUGACAACUCCUAUGAUGGCCAUGAGUCGAACAGAGCUCGGGGCUUCAACUAUCACCAAGGUCCAGAAUGGGUCUGGCCUAUCGGCUACUUCUUACGUGCCAAGCUGCACUUUGGCCGUCUCCUGACCCCUGAGCCGUCAUUGCCAUCGGGGACGGGAACAGACGAGGACUUGUUCCAUGUCACGGUCAGCUUCGUCCGCCAGAUACUGUCACGCCACCACACGGAGAUGGAGCUGUCGCCUUGGAAGGGGCUGCCCGAGCUGACCAACGCGGAUGGUCAGUUCUGCAAGGAUAGUUGCCCCACUCAAGCCUGGUCCAUGGGUUGCAUCCUGGAGGUCUUGCAUGAUUGCGACAAGUUAUUAGAAGAUACUGCCAAAGCAAUGUAAACUUGUAUGCAGAAGACCUCGAUGACAUUAAGAUUUGGGUAUUAAGAAGGAAUGCUUGUGUUAGAAGGGUCGUCCAAAACACCUUGAGCUGUGACUGCGACUAUUUUGGGAAAUUAAAUCAUCUACAUGUUAAUUUCAAACUUUAGCUAAUUUUUAAUUUAAUAUUCAUAAAUACCUCAGACAGUUUCCCUAUUCAAUAAUGUGCAGCUUGACCGCGUAUUAACAUUUGAUGAUGCCCGCUGAGAAGUGAUAAUGCCUGCUGAGUAAACCACAGACUGCUGCCUGAUACGAGACAGUUUAAUGGACUCUGAUUGGUCAAGAGCCUGUGUGCACGUGGCUCGCCAUGCGCGCGCACCAAGUCCAUAUAAGGAGAUUCUUUUGGACAACUGUAAAAUAAUCUGGACAGUAGCCUCGUUGGAAAUCUGUCAUAUAUGGACUUCUUUUGACUCUCUGACUAAGAAAGGUAUUUAUGAAUGGGAAUAAAUAGGUGCUUGGCCAGUCUUAAACUAACAUUUCAGACCGGCUCAGGAGCAUGGAUGCCGAUAAUGGCAUUAGUUACGCCCAUUCUCCUGAGCUGGUCUUCAACAAAUAAUUAUUCCCCUAUCAAUGCACAGGCACAAGAUGUCACAAACCAUUCACUGGAAGACAGUUGGUUCUCAUUGGACAUGCUUUGCAUUUUGAGAAGAAAUGAUUACAAAUGAAUACAUCUUCAUACAGUUACAAUCCGUCAGGUUGCCAUGAUUGACCAGUACACAUUUCAGGGGCACCUCAUGUUUUAUGCUGUAUUUGUCCAUAGAAAGUUCAGGAAAAAAUAAUGGUGCAAGUUCCUAUGUAAAAAAUAGAAAUUGAAAGUGCUUUGCCACUAGGUAGUGUUGGCUUACUUACUCAUUAGAUCAAACUUUGUAGAUGACAGCUGUGUGUUGCAUCCGGAAAGAAUCUUUUGGGAAGAUCAUAGUCAUAGGAAAAUUAAGUAUUCUGAAUAUAUCUAAAAAAAUUAUCUGAACAAUUUUAGAAAAAUGUUGUAACAAAUCUAGAAAUCUGCGAAAUAGAAAUUGAAACGGUAGGUACAUGCUGCCAUGCCAUCUGCCAGCUACCUGUAACUUCAACUGAAGUUAGAAGCAAUUUCACAGACCUGGCUAUUACCUUUGGUGUGUUAACUUAAUGGUGCUGUGCGAGAUGUCGUACAUCGUGGUGUACAUUGUAGAUAUUUAUGGACUGUUCUCCGUGUGUGUAAUUCACAGCUCACUGUCGUUGUGUUACCUUCCGUAUCGUAUCGUGUUUCUGGUAUUCGGACAGCUUCACACCCGAGAGAUUGUAAACCAGCAUCAACUCUUAAUGUCUGUAGUAUAGAGAACUUACAAACGAUUGGAUACCUCCGGCCAUGAUGGGUCAUAAUACAGAAACUGAUGAAGAAAUGGAGAGAAAUAUCCAAAUAUAAGCGUCGUCAUUAACUUUUGGCCCACCCAUGGUCCUGGGCCAGAAAUUAUCCUUCCCAGGGUUGGUUCACUGUGAAAUAUUCUGGGUAUGAACUGCUGUAAGUGGUAGGUGAAGAGUUAUUGCUCAGGUCUUGUGAUAGUAAGUUGUUGAUUUGGUUUAGGAGAAACGUAAUUGGAAUGCAGUAAAUGUAUAUGUGAAUGCAUGUGGUAGGUAUUUGGAAGUUGGCUUUAACAAUGUUCCAAAUUACCUUUGAUCCUGAAGGUUGGAAAUGAACCCUAACAAUCCUGAAUCCUCCAAUUUUAAUAUGAUUUUGCACACACCCGAGGGAGUUAGGGUUAAAUGCUAUCACGCCCUGCUUUCUGGGUAGGAAGUUUUCAUGUAUAGACAUCUCUAAAUGCUCAAGCAAGAAUCUGAUGAUUGUGUGAAGCUUAUUAACAUCUCGCCCAUUGAACGUAGUGGUUAAGUCGUGUGUUGAAAAAUGUGAACCUGUUGAAAAAUUGGCUUGCAAAAGUUUGCAAUAGCUGAGAAAUGGAUUGUUGACAGAAAACAGUUUGAAAUUUUAUUGAAAUAAGAUUAUAGAGAGAUUUAUCUUUUGUACGUAGUUUAAAUGAUGCACAGUAGUCUUUUUUUCCUAAGCAAUAUAUACGGGCUGCAAUGCUCUAUUCAUUUCUUGUGCUCUGUACUAUUUCCAUGGUUCUAUGUGGUUGAUUUGUGGUCAUUUUUAUUACAAUGCAUGAAUCAGAUUUUGUUGUAUGUAUAUUAAUAGGUUGUUGAUUUAUAGCAUGUUUAUUGUAUUACCAAAUGUGAAAGUUUAUUUUUAAUAGUUAAAAGCAUAAAUAGCAUUGUUUCCAACACAAGUUAGGAAAACUUUGAAAGAUGUUGAAGAUUUUUCAAUUUAAUUCAAAAUGAAUUAUUUUGUAACCAAAUAGAGCCAAAUUUCCUCCUGUGAUGUUGCACUGACUAAAUGUCCAACAUGGCAGCUAUGCUAGAUUUUAAAAAUCAAUCAAUAUUGUUGGCUUUCCUUGAAGUUCAUGAAUAGUUCACCAAUCUUCAGUAAAUUGUGCAUAGAAUUUGGAGUUCUGAUUUGGAGAGAAAAACAGUAACGAACUGGAAUUGUUGCACCUCUGAAAUGUUAACAGUAAAUCAUGUGGUUUAUACAUGUUCAUUUCUUAGUCACGUGGUCAAGAGAAAAUUGCCACAGAUAUUGCAUGAAGGCGGUAAGUUUUUUCCACUGAUUCCAGCAAAUAGAUUGUCAUAGUUUGGGGGACAGAGAAGACAGGCAUUGUAUUAGUAGAUAUCUGUAUCAUCUACUGAGGACAUGCUGUCAUCCUGUCUUGGUGCAUGAAACAUUUGUGCUUCUUACUGUCAUCUGAUGAUUAUAAAAAGGUUUUGAGUGGGAAUUUUUUUCUAGCCUGUUGAGAUGGAAACAAUCAGGGUAUUAAAUUGAUAUGCAGUGGUUUAAUAAAAUGUCUUGCAGCCUUCCGUAUUAACACAGAAGCAUCACAUGCAGAAGAA